AUGCGCUUCGGAUCUGUUCUCCCGUUCCUUGGGCUAACAACGCCGUGUAAGCGCGACCUUGCGUACUCCCCGCCUGUCUACCCAUCACCAUGGCUGGACCCCAAUACCGAAGGCUGGGCUGAUGCCUACGCAAAAGCCAAGGACUUCGUCUCCCAAUUGACUCUUCUCGAGAAGGUCAAUUUGACUACCGGUGUCGGAUGGCAGGGAGAUGUUUGUGUCGGCAAUGUUGGCGCAGUUCCCCGACUUGGUCUGCGUGGUCUUUGCAUGCAGGACGGCCCCGUCGGUAUCCGAUUCAGCGAUUACAACUCCGUUUUCCCUUCCGGACAGACCGUCGCCGCAACCUGGGACCGACGACUGGUCUACCGCAGAGCCGAGGCCAUCGGCGCCGAGCAGAGAGCCAAGGGUGUCGACGUUGUCCUGGCUCCUGUCGCUGGACCUAUUGGUCGCGCUCCGGCAGGCGGUCGCAACUGGGAGGGUUUCUCGGUCGACCCGUACCUGACUGGUGUUUUCAUGGCCGAGAGUGUCAAGGGUAUUCAGGACGCCGGUGCUAUCGCCUGCGCCAAGCACUUUGUCGGCAACGAACAAGAGCACUUCAGACAAGCACCCGAAGCUAUCGGCUACGGCUACAACGUUACUGAAUCGCUCUCUUCCAACAUUGACGAUAAGACUAUGCACGAGCUUUACAUGUGGCCCUUUGCCGACGCUAUUCGCGCCGGUGUUGGGUCCAUCAUGUGCUCUUACAACCAGGUCAACAACUCGUACGGUUGCCAGAACUCCAAGCUCAUCAACGGUCUUUUGAAGGAAGAAUUGAGCUUCCCUGGAUUCGUCAUGAGUGACUGGCAGGCUCAGCACGCUGGUGCCGCCACUGCAGUUGCUGGAUUGGAUAUGAGCAUGCCCGGUGACACACUUUUCAACACUGGACAGACCUUCUGGGGCACCAACCUCACCAUCGCUGUCCUCAACGGCACCGUCCCCGAGUACCGACUUGACGACAUGGCCCUCCGCAUCAUGGCCGCCUUCUUCAAGGUUGGCAUGAAGGUGGACCAGCAGCCUGAUAUCAACUUCUCCUCCUGGACUUUGGACACUGUUGGCCCUCUCCAGUACUAUGCCAAGGAGAAUGUCCAGACGAUCAACCAACACGUCGACGUUCGCAAGGGCAAGGAGCACUCCAACCUGAUCCGUGAGAUCGGCGCCAAGGCUACAGUACUUCUCAAGAACGAGGGUGCUCUUCCUUUGAAGAAGCCCAAGUUCUUGGCUGUUAUCGGAGAGGAUGCUGGCUCGAACCCUGCCGGACCCAACGGCUGCUCUGACCGCGGCUGCAACGAGGGUACCCUAGGCGCUGCCUGGGGAUCGGGUAGCUCUAACUACCCCUACCUCGUGACCCCUGACCAGGCCCUGCAGAGGCGCGCGCUCGAUGAUGGCACCCGCUACGAGAGCAUUCUCAGCAACUACGACUCCGCUGCUACCAAGGCGCUUGUCUCACAAGCCGAUGCCACGACCAUUGUCUUCGUCAACGCCAACUCCGGUGAGGGCUACAUCAACGUCGGCGGCAACGAGGGUGACCGCCAGAACCUGACUCUCUGGAACUCUGGAGACGAGCUGAUCAAGAACGUGUCCUCCGUGUCCAACAACACAAUCGUUGUGAUCCACUCUGUUGGCCCUGUGCUGGUGACGGACUGGUACAAUAAUCCCAACAUCACCGCCAUUCUCUGGGCUGGCCUUCCUGGACAGGAGUCUGGCAACUCGAUCACGGACGUCCUCUAUGGCGAUGUCAACCCCGGUGCCAAGUCACCCUUCAGCUGGGGCCCGACGCGCGAGAGCUACGGCGCCGACGUCUUGUACAAGCCUAACAACGGCGAGGGUGCUCCUCAAGACGACUUCACCGAGGGCGUGUUCAUCGACUACCGCUUCUUUGAUCGUGCUACAUCGGGCGGCAGCGGCAACGGAACCUACCAGAACUCCUCUAGCGCUGCCCCGAUCUACCCCUUCGGCUUUGGUCUCUCAUACACCAAGUUCGAGUACUCGAACCUGGUCGUCAACAAGAGGGAUGCAGGAGAGUACAGGCCGACGACUGGCGAGACGGCCGCCGCUCCCACGUUUGGUAACCACAGCACCAACUUGGCGGACUACGUCUUCCCCCAGGACCAGGCUCGCUACAUCUACAAGUUCAUCUACCCGUGGCUCAACGUCUCGGAUGCUCGCGAGGCCUCUGGUGAUCCUCACUUCGGCCAGACUGCCGAGGAGUUCCUGCCGCCCAAGGCUCUGGAGAGCAGCCCGCAGCCCAAGCACCCCGCCUCUGGCAGCCCCGGUGGAAACCCUCAACUUUGGGACAUUCUCUACACCGUUACUGCUACGGUGACCAACAAGGGCGACGUUGCCGGCGAUGAGGUCGCGCAGCUGUACGUCUCUCUCGGCGGCCCGGAGGACCCGGUCAAGGUGCUGCGUGGUUUCGAGCGCAUCCCGAUCGCGCCCGGCGCAUCUGCCACCUUCACGGCGGAAAUUACCAGACGUGACCUGAGCAACUGGGACACGGCGAGCCAGAACUGGGUGAUUAGCCAGUACCCGAAGAAGGUGUGGGUGGGAAGCUCAUCUCGAGACCUGCCCCUGAGUGCGUCGCUCUAG